CUCAAACCUCUAUAUAAACCAUUCUCAAUCCCAUCAUUUUUCAUCAAAAGUAAAGCAUAGUUUCCUAUAUCACUCUUUAACUAAAUUUCUCUUUUAAGCAUUUUCUUUCUAUUCCAAUUAUGGCCACUGUUGAGGUUGUAUCAGCAAAGACUGCACUCUCCGACGACACCAGCGCGCUAUCAUUGAAAUCUGAUGAGAAAACCACUGAAGAAGUUGCUGUUGAGAGUCCAAUUACACCAGCAGCAUCAGAAAGCAAAGAAGUAAAAGAAGAAGAAGCUGUAGUAGAAUCUUCAGCUGCAGAAGAAAAAGUACCCUUGAUUGAAUCUGAAACUAAAGAAGUGGUUGAAGAAAUUGUGACUGUGAAAGACCUUGAAGAGGAAGCCAAGAAGGAAGAUGAAACUGAGAAAGAGGAACCUGUUGAGGAAACAAAAGAAAAUGCUGAUUCUGUUGUUGAUGUUGUUCAGCAAUCACCAACUGCAGAAUCUGAGACAGAAAAUGUUGUUAAGGAUGAGAAUGUGAUAGAUGAGGCUGAAACUAAGGACAAUGUUAACACUGAAGAAGCACCAAAAGAGAAAGCUGAGGAGAAGGUUGAGAAAGAAGAAGCCUUAGAUGAAAAGAAAGAGGAGGAAGUGAUCACCAACAGUGAAUAAGGAAAGUUGUGAAGUUUAUGAAACUGUUUUAAGUUUCAUGUCUUGUUGUUGAAUGUCUUUUUCUUGUUACUUGUUUGUUAUGUAAGUGGUGUAAUAAAAUAGCUAUAGUAAUACUACUAGUAGCUAAAUCUAAAUGCAUGGGUAGAAGACAUGGGUGAUGUGAUGACCCAUUUGAGUUUACCUAAUGCAUGUAGGUCCUUUUCUGUAAUAUGUUGCUAUGUGUGUGAUUCUGCAGAGUUGUUUUGUAUGUUAAUUCGUUCAUUAUCCUA